AAAUGGGGUAUUCAGUGAGAGAAGAGGUGCGGUGGGUGAUGGCCAUAAUCAUAUUCAUAUUAUUAGGGUUUAAUGGAGAAGCUGAGGGGUGCUUGAAAGAAGAGAGAGAAGCUCUUCUGAAAUUGAAAGAAGCUUUCAAUUACCCAAAUGGCUCUUCUCUUCCUUCUUGGAAUAACCAAACCUUCUCUGAUUGCUGCACUUGGGAGUCUGUACAGUGUGACAACUCUACUCACAGAGUGAUAGUAAUUGAUUUGAGUGACAAAAGAGCUGAAGAGUUGGGACACAUCAAAUGGUCACUCAAUGCUUCUUCUUUUCUCCCCUUCAUCCAGCUUCAAGAGUUGGAUUUGGAUGGGAAUUACUUGUCAGACCUUUCUCAUUCACGUAAUCUGAAGGAGCUGUGGCUUGAUGCUAAUUACUUGGAGGGCAGUAUUCCAGAAUCUAUUACGUCUCUUACUUCCCUCACCACAUUGACAUUAGACAAUAACAACCUGACUGGAUCAUUGCCACAAGAAGGAGGCUUGUGCAAUCUGAAGAAUCUUUCCCUAUUGAAUCUUGCCGUCAAUGAAUUUGAGGGGCAACUUCCUGCAUGCCUCGGCAAUUUGACGUCUCUACGUACGCUUUAUCUUAAUAAAAAUCGUUUUGAAGGAACAUUUCCUUCCUCACUUUUUCAUGCUCUGAGGUCCCUAACAGCAAUUUUUCUUUCUGAUGACAAUUUUAGUGGUUCCUUUUCACUCUCUUCACUUGCCAACCAGUCCAACCUUAAAGUCUUUAGCAUCUCUUGCUCUAACGCCCAUCUAAAGCUUGAAACUGAGAAUCCCCCAUUUAUUCCUUCCUUCCAGUUGAGGCUUUUUAGAAUCCACAAAUGCUCUCUAAAUGAAGCGAACAAUAAGACAAUGCCUACCUUUCUUCUUCAUCAAUAUGACUUGCUGGCUCUAGAACUUAGCCACUUGAACAUUUCUGGGACCUUCCCGUCAUGGCUUUUGACAAACAACACGAGAUUAAGUUAUUUCAAUCUGACGCACAACUUGUUCACUACUCCCUUUAAACUCAAUCCUGCCUCAAAACUGCUUCAAAUGGAGUCCUUUGAUAUUUCCUCUAACCCCAUCAGAGAUGAAAUGCCAUCUCAUAUUGGAUACAUUUUUCCCAACUUGAUUUCUCUUAAUAUGUCAUCAACUUCAUUGCGAGGUUAUUUUCCAGCUUCAAUAGGUGAAAUGAGACAAUUGAAUGAUCUUGACUUGUCAAAUAAUAAUUUAUUUGGCUCUUUGCCUCAAGAAUUUGGUCAAGGGAACAAUGAAUUGAGAUUUUUGAAGUUGUCAAACAACAACCUGAGUGGCUCAUGUCUUCCCAUAGGAUCAAAUUUCACACAUUUGUUGUCUCUUGAUCUCAACAACAAUAACUUCAAAGGAAAAUUUCAAGGUGGCUUCAUGAACAGUACUGGAUUGAUAAUGUUGGAUUUAAGUGCCAAUCAACUAUUUCGUGAAAUACCUAGCUGGAUUGGAAAAUUUCAAGAUUUGAGUUACCUCAUUUUGUCACAGAAUUCUUUAACAGGUUCACUUCCAGAAAGCUUUUGCAACUUGACCAAACUUUCAUAUUUAGACCUUUCUCACAAUACAUUAAGUGGUUCUUUGCCAAGUUGCCUGAACAUGCCGUUGUUGAUGUAUCUACAUUUGCAGGGCAAUCAUCUCAUGGGAUCUCUACCUUCUACUUUGGCUAAUUCUUCCUCAUUGUUGACUUUCGAUUUGAUGCAUAACAAAUUUUCAGGUCGAAUUCCAAGAUGGAUUAGCUCAUUCUCUAGUUUAAGGGUCCUCAUGUUAAAAGAAAACAAACUUGAAGGCUCUAUUCCGACACAUUUAUGUGAGCUCAAGAAUAUUAGAUUGUUAGAUCUUUCUCAAAAUAAGCUUUCUGGAGGCAUACCAUAUUGCUUGAAUAACAUCGGAUUUGGAAACAUGGAUGCAGCAAGUGAAAUCGAAAUAGGAAGUUUUAUUGUGUCCUGGACUACAAGAUCGUCUCUUUACCGUUUUGGCAGUAUUACCGGUAAAGUUUUUGUACUAAAAGAAAAACAAAAUGUUACAUUGUGUAAAGUGCAAGAAGUAGAUUUUACAACAAAAAGCAGGUAUGAAUCUUACAAGGGAAGCAUUUUAAAUUUCAUGUCUGGGUUGGAUCUCUCUAGCAAUCAAUUGAGAGGUAAAAUUCCUUCAAACCUUGGAUACUUAAGCACUGUCCAUGCAUUAAAUUUGUCAAACAAUCAAUUGGAAGGGCCUAUUCCAGAAACGUUUUCCAGCCUCAAGCAGAUAGAAAGCCUUGAUCUUUCACACAACAAAUUGACAAGCCGCAUUCCUGCACAACUAACUCAGUUGUACUUCUUGUCUUUCUUCUCAGUUGCUCAUAAUAAUCUAUCUGGAAUGACACCUGAUAUGAAAAAUCAAUUUGCAACUUUUGGCUCAGCCAGUUAUGAAGGGAACCUUUUUCUAUGCGGUCCCCCUUUGCCGCAAAAUUGCUCAAUAGGAGGGAGAAACAGGCAACCUCAUCAUUUGGAUACAGAUGAUUUUCGAGAUGCUUUCUUAUGGAGUUUUGUUGGAGCAUUUGGGGUCUUUUUUAUAAGUGUCAUUAUAGUUAUUUAUUUGAAUCCUUACAUUUUCAAUUACAAACUACUUGUAUUAGAGAGAGUUAUAACAAGUUAUUUGUAUGAGUGAUGGCAAAAAGGAAAAAGGCUUUACUUAGAGU